UCAAUACCCAAACAAGCAGUGAGGAUUGAGGAAGGAAUGUUGACGUUACUCACCAGUCAUACUACUCGCAAUAGUGGAAUAAUGGAGUAACUAUUGAAGGUAGAAGCACAGUUGAACGUCACUUGUAACCCAACAGAAUUAUAUCUAAAGAAGCAAUGGCUGUUGAUGAAGAGAUGGAGAUGCAAGAAACCGGUGAGAUGGGGCGGGCUGAAGAUGAUGUGGGUAUAUCGUGUACCCUUGACAUGUUUCGUGAGCAUGAGGAAGUGCGCCAGAUGAUGGGUUCCAUAGAAAAAGCAGUUAAAAACCAGUACACUGCUGAGAAGGCUUUCGAGGAUUUUAAGACUAUCUUAGAUAAUUAUCAGGAGCAGCCUCACCUCCUGGAUCCUAACCUUGAAGAAAUGCUUAAGCAGUUGGUGGAUAUAACCCGUGACCCAACCAACAAAUCAGAGGUUGUCAGUCAGGCCUUUAAAUACCUCUGGCUGGUCGUCAAAGUCCGGGGCUACAAAACAAUAGUCAGAAAACUUCCUCAUGAGGUGAAAGACCUACUGCCAGUGUUGCAGAUGCUGGAGAGCCCAGAGGGUAGUUCAGAUUUCUAUGAGACAUACGUGCUCCUGCUGUGGCUCUCCAUCAUAGUCUACAUGCCCUUCAACAUGAUGGGCUUUGAUGCUACAACUGCAGGAGGUGAACAGCAGUCUGGUGCUUUAGUUGUUGAGAGACUGCUAUCAGUUAUCAAAACCCACUUGAAGUCGGGCCAGAAGUCACGUGAGAUGGCAGCGUACUUGGCGUCCCGAUUUAUUACAAGACCUGAUUUGAAAAACAAAUAUCUCCCAGAAUUUAUAGAAUUUUGUUUUGAAGUUCUGGAAACUGUUGUACAAGGAGACCUAAAUGGUGUAUUCCACAAACUGGGAGUCCUACGAGCCAUGGGACUGAUUUUCAAGCAUGGGAAACGAGAGGAGUUGCUGCCUUACUCACAGAAUGUGUUGUCACGUCUUAUUGGGUGUAAAGCGCUCACCAGCACUGAUGCUCCUGUCAGGAAACUGUCCAUGAAACUUGUGCAGCGUAUUGGACUGACAUUCCUAAAGCCAAGAGUGGCAUCUUGGCGGUACCAACGUGGAAGUCGUAGCCUGGCCAUGAACAUCCAAGGUAAAGCCACAGAAGGUCAGGAUGCCAGUGAAGUAGCAGAAGAGGAUGAAGAGGAGGUGGUUGGAGAGAUUGAGGAAGUGAUAGACUCCUUACUCCUGGGACUGAAGGAUAAAGAUACUGUGGUCAGGUGGUCUUCAGCAAAAGGUAUUGGUCGUGUGACAGGCCGUCUUCCUCAGGAGUUUGGGGAUGAAGUUGUGGGGGCUCUCUUGGAACUCUUUUCGACUAGAGAAUCAGAUAAGGGCUGGCAUGGGGGUUGUCUGGCCCUAGCAGAACUAGCUCGGCGUGGAUUGUUGCUGCCUGAACGCUUACCAGCCGUUGCACCAGUUAUAGAUAAGGCUCUCGUCUAUGAUGAGCUGAGAGGACAGUGUUCUGUGGGCUCAAACAUCAGAGAUGCUGCGUGCUAUUUAUGCUGGGCAUUUGCUCGAGCUUAUCACCCAGAACAGAUUUAUCCUUAUGUUAAUCAACUUGCAACUGGACUUCUUAUUGUGACCUUGUUUGAUAGAGAGAUACCAUGCAGACGAGCUGCAUCUGCUGCCUUCCAGGAGCAUGUUGGACGUCAAGGAACAUUUCCUCAUGGCAUUGAGAUUCUCACCACUGUUGACUACUUUGCAGUCGGAAAUCGUUCAAAUGCCUUCCUUAAUCUAAGUGUUCAAGUUGGCAGAUACCCAGAAUAUACUCAACCACUGAUAGACCAUCUUGUGGACAAGAAGGUCCAACACUGGGAUUCGGCCAUAAGGGAACUUGCUGCUAAGGCACUCCACAACCUCACUGCCUUAGCCCCUGAAUAUAUGAGCAAGACUGUGGCACCUCUUCUUCUGAACCAGACGACUGGCAGUAUCCUGGUCAAUAGACACGGCUCAAUACUGGCCCUGGCAAACAUCACACAUGCUCUGUCUCUUGUAGCUAGCAAGGAAGGGAAAACUCUGCCAGAUAUGAUGGACAAAGAGAUACUGGAUGGUAUUGCCAAGAUAGUGUCGACCCUAGAGGAGAGGAAGCUUUACCGUGGCAUGGGGGGAGAGUACAUGAAACAGGCAACGUCGGUGUUGAUAGAGAAGUGCUCGCUGGCUGCUGCCCCAUUCCAUGGCCAGGAAGUUGUUGAUCAGUGGCAUAAUCUUCUGGAAAACUGUAUAGUUUAUGUAGAUGAAAAUAUCCGUGCUACUGCCUUGGAGGCCUUAACCCCAUUUUGGACCACGUAUUUUGAGCCAACAUCACCAGAGAAAAUGAAGUCGAAAGAUGAAUUGAUCACUAAAUAUACCCAGGCCCUCAAUACAGAUAAAGAGAUACAAAGUUUAGGUUUUGCUUCAGCUAUUGGGCGCCUCACGCACUCUUUAGUGCUGGGCAAAUUUGACAUUGUUCUUGAAGCCUUGAUUGGUGCUACAGAAAUCACCCGCACUACUGCAACUUGGGCACAAACCAGAAAGGAAGCAAUUAAUGCCAUCCUGAGACUGGUGGAGACUGUUGGUAUAAAGAAGGAUGGAAAAGCAUGUGACCAAGUAUGUGAGGCCAAUUUAUCCAGCAUUUACCAAGCUUUGUUGAGGAGUUUAGAUGAUUACACCAUGGAUCGCAGGGGUGAUGUUGGGGCUUGGGUCAGAGAGGCAGCCAUAUCAUCACUGCGGGUCUUGUCUAUAGCAGUGGUAAGUGAAGAUGUCACUUUGCUAACAGGGGAGAUUGUUGGAGAAAUGAUGUCUCGUAUUUGUCAACAAGCAGUAGAAAGAAUAGACAGGACCCGAAAGGUGGCUGGAACUGCUUUUAGCACUCUCCUUUACAGCUCUCCAAGUCUAUCACAUAUUCCGAAUCUUGAGGAACUAAAGGCCAUAUUCACAAAGGAAAUUUGUGAACAAAUGAAUUGGGCUUCAGAAAAGGACACAUUCCAUGUUUUCAUUCAGCUCCUGGACUUCCCAGCCUAUAGGUCUCGGGUCCUUUUGGGAAUCGCUUACUCAGCUGGGGGAAUUUCUGCAAAUUUGUCCCGCUAUACAAGUGAAGCUAUACACUCCUACUUGAAUGCUCGAGCAGAGAAGACAGAUUAUCUCUCAUCUUUCUUGGAAGCUAUUCUACAGUUGUUUGCCUCUCACCAGAAGGUGGACCGAAUUACACUACCGCUAAUCAAGACAGUGGGAGACUUGUUAAGCUCAUCCGCAGUCCUUGACCCGGUACUUGAACAAGAAGACUCGUAUACAUCCAGGCUAAUUACAGCACUGAGAAAGGAAUGCUUUAGAUCAGCAGAUUAUCACAAGUUGUCUGCCUUCAUCACUGUUCUGUGUGAGCUGCUGAGAAUGAACAGCAGUGCCAGUAAGGCAUGCCUCACUCAACUCUCACUCUUCCUAGGAUUCCAGUACCCCAAAGUUCGAGCAAUUUCUGCAACCAGUUUACUAACAGCAUUACAAGAUUAUAGUGACCAAGAAAUUGUCCCUGAAGAACAUUUGGAGGAAGUAACAGACAUCUUGGAGGAGACGGAAUGGAUGCACAACAUAGAAGAUGCUCGAAAACAGCGUAAUCGUCUUUGUGAGCUCAUGGGAAUUACUCCCCCACAACCUAAAAAAAAUUGAAUUACACUUGGAAAAUAAAUGAUCAGGUUUAUUGUGAUAUGUAACAUAUGAUGUGCCUCAUAUUGGACAUUCCAGAGCUGAUAGUGAUCCACUUGUAUUACAGUGUAGUAUAGUGAGUAUUAUAGCAGAGCACCAAACAAAAAUGCACUUGGGUCUCAAUAUAUGCGGGUUCACUUAUAUAUGUUACUUUUUUUUUUUUUUUGCUUAAUAACUUGCAAACAUAGGGUUAGGUUAAGUGAGUGGUUAUGUUAGGAUGGGUUGUGUAGAUUGACACACAGUUAAGUGGUCUCGUCCUUUUUUUUUUUUAACUUUGGUUAGUCUGUUUGUAAGUUAUUUCACAAAAUUCCCUGCAUGCAUGCUGUGAAUUUUGCAAAAUAACUGAUUUAGGCAAAAAAAAAAGUAACAUUCGAGGACCCAAUUUCUAGUUACCCCUCAGUUUAUGCAUGGAAAAUUCACCAUUAUGUGGUGCAAGCCGAUAUACUGUGGCCUCUAGUGUAAGAAAACCAUUAAAUGUCUUUCAUGGUUCAUAACUUUUGAUACUGAAGGUUUCAUUACGUACAUUCUUAUAGGUUUAAUAAAUACAGUGAUUUCUCCGUUAGCCGGAACAAUUGGUGCAGAGCACUUCUGGGAAUGAGAGAUUUCCGGGUAACGAGACGACUCCCAAAGCCGGAAAAAAUCCCUCAUUUUCCGGGUAAUGGGAAAAUGUUCUCAGAAGUUCCAGAAAUUACCCAUUACAUCAUCUUUCGAACCCGGAAAAUUGUCCCCCAUCCCUGGAAAUUUCCGGGUAACGGAAAAUUUUUCUUCGAGUUUCCAGAAAGUGCACCUGAUUUUCAUCUCUCAAACCCAGAAAAAAUCCCCCAUCCCGGAAUUUUCCUGUACCGGGAAAAUUUUCCCUUAAUUUUCCGGAAAAUCGUUUCCAAAGCCGGAAUUUUCCAGAAAAUUCUGGCUAUCGGAGAGUUCCGGCUAACGAGAUAUUGCUGUAAAUAUCAAAUGAGGCCAGUUGAUCAGCUAAUCAUAAGCGAGUGUGUCGUCUGCUAGCAAAUAUUUACAGAGGCCCAGAAGUAAGUUCUGGAAUGCAUCCAAUUUUUCUCCUUAUAACUAAGUACAGGUAUCCCUUACUUUAUGAAUGUGUUAAGUUCCUGAAAAAAAACAUUAAGUGAAUAUUCAUAUCUCGAAUAACAGAACACAUGGGAAAAAUAUGGUUCAGUUCCCCAAUAUCAUACCCCAAAACAUGAAAUUAGUUCACACAACUACCGUGCAGUAAUUUUCUACCAAACACAUUAAAAACAUUGAUAAAAUAAUGUAUAACUUUGGUACAUUACCUUAUGGUAGGACAGUCAGGACUCACCACAACGGGGUGAGUAGGGGUGGGCUGGGAUUAGGGCUUUACUCAGCGAGAUGAGAACAGCUGUCCACUUCAUCACAGUCAUACCAGGAGUGGAAGAAAAUCCACUGGUAGAGGUUGUGGGACAGGAAGCUUUAGAUGCAGUUUGAAAACGGUUAUCGGUUUAAAGGAGGAUGAUAUGCUACAUUGUUUUGCCUUGGUCCUCAGCAACUGUUGUAUCUAAGUGUAGACAAGGAUGUCUUUCUCCACUAAAGACAACUGCACCACUCCUUUCCAUUCAAGGGUUUUUGGCACAGAAUAACUCGAACCCUUUAUGAAUGAGGUCAAGGCCCUCGCUGACAAACCUUGAGUGAGCCAGCUCUCGGGUAGCUCCUCUGGCUGGUCCUCCUCUCCUUCAUGAAGCGUCUGCUGCUGGAGCUGCAGGAGUUCUUCAUUGGUGAGGUCUUGGCUGUGAGACUGGAGCAGAUCCUGGGUAUCCCCCCUAGUCCAUCUUCUCUCCUGAGCAAGGUUAACGAUGUCCUGUUGCACUUGUCUGACACCACCGAAUCCCGCAAAAAUUGUGCAUGCACUCGGGCCAAAUCUUGCGCCACACCAUUCAUUGUUUGCUGCGACAUCUCCCAAGACUUAUUGAUGUGAUCAAUGACUUUCUCGAUGAUAAAGGCCUUCCAAAAUUUCUUGAUGCUGGUCUGGUUGUCCUCAAGCUGGCGCACAAGUUCCUGUAUUGUUCUCCGUAGAUAGUAGGCCUUGAAGGUGGAAAUGAUGCCUUGAUCCAUUGGUUGGAGCAGUGAGUUGGUGUUAGGUGGCAGAAAUAUCUCCCCGAUGUUAACUGUCCACAGCUGGAGAUAAUGCUACAUGUUGUCCAUGAUUUUGGGUUAGCCUGCUUGCUCCUACAUGCACGUGACAUUUUCAGCUGCUUGCUUGAUCUCUUCAGUGUGCUUGUUGAUGGUAGUGACAGUAAAAGCAGCCAAACUAAGCUGUUUCCUGAUCAGUGUAGAACCCUCGUCACAUUCGUGUUGUUUUAUUACUUCCAGCUUGGUCUUAAGAGUCACAGCCUUUUGUAUAUUCGGUUUAGUACGGGUAGCCGAAGAAUCAGCCGAAUGCUUGGAUGUCAUGAUGAAAAGAAUAGCGAAAGGAUGGUACGUAUACACAUGGAUAAAGAAAGAGCACUUCCCGUACAACGAAUGGCGGAAGGAAAGACAUAGGGGGGGGUUAUGAUCAGUGAGCCAGAAUAAGUCUCUGCACAUCUCUCCAAAAUAGCUGCUGGAACCCAAAUUCGUAUAAACGAGGGAAACUUUCAUUAAGUGAAAAAGGUAUAAAAAAAAUUUCGUAUCUCAAACAUUUGUGAAGCGAGGGAUAACUGUAUUUAAUUUAAUCGCAAGGUUUAUGGCAAACAUAACCCUGGCAUAUAUCAAGACCCAAGUGUAAUAAAAGGGGAGGAAACAAAACAUUCCUCUUGCACUUCAUACCAUUUCUAGUUAAUGAUUUUCAUGAUACUGUACUUGUAAAUACAGUACUGUAUACAAAUUUGGAAUUGUUUUUACUGGUAAGUUCUUUUUAUUAUUUGCACACCAUCUCAUGAUAAUGAUCUCAGAAAGUAGGAAGGAAGUUAUUUUUCUUUUAAGAUAGCUGCAAAAUCAUUGGCAACCAAUUACCUGUCUGAUAUGACAAUUCUUUCAUUCAUCGACAUAUUUGUUAAUUUUUAACCCAGUGAUCAGCAACCACUGGGCACCCACUUUGAACAAUACCUUAUUAAACAAACCUGUCAUUGAUAGUUGUGGGAAAGUCAGUGUGCCCUAGUUUUGUCCAACUGACAAAACAAAUACUUGUACUGUGUAACUUGUGAGCUACAUAGCAGAGGUCACAAUCAAAGCACCAGUGAAAUGGCACUUAAUUUAUAUGGCCCAGUGAAGACUUGACAAUUGGGCUUAAAUUAAUGUGUAAAGUUCACUUCCUCCUUAUGUAAUAGUAAAGGAAAACAAACUUCUUAUAACACAAAUUGUUGCCUGUGGCUUGUUUUGUUAACAUGUAAGCGUGCAUAACUAUUGCUAUAGUGUUGCUAAUCUGGGCUACUAAAAUACUGUAGGCUACUCAAAUGUUUUGGGAUGUUGCAGUUGACUAAGGUUAGCAGAAAAAAAUAAAUUGUGAGAACUAUUGGUUAUUUCACCAUGGAAAUUAUUUUGUAGACAAAAUAAAUAGAGUUUCUCUUUCUGCUCACCAGACAACUUUUCAUGUGGGAACAAUGCAAAUGUUAACAAUAACAAUCAAUGUGUUUAUUGAAUGGUUGUUCAUUGAUAAGUUGAAACCCUUUUGUUUUAUGAAAAAUUAAUUUAUUUUAAUAGAACAUUACAAUACAUGUACAUCUUUCUGCAUAGUACUGUAACAUCUAAUGUCAAUUAUGCAGGAUCAGACCCUACUGUAAUCAUCAAAUAUAGAAGUGUUUAUUCAUCUCAGAUUGACCAAGGCCAGUGAAGUAACCACAUUGCACAUGAACAUCCUGUUCCCUAAUUUUAGGUUAUCCUCGCUUGCAAAACAACGUUAGGCAGAUCAAUUUUCCCUCCAAGAAAUAGAUAAAAUACGGGAGUUAUGUUCCUGAGCCUCCCUUUGCCCCAUGAAAUACAUUACAUAUACAGAAAAUUAUUGCUAUUUAUAUGGAAAAUAGUGCAUACAUAUACAGCUACUAAGUUUGUAAUGGUAUUCACCGAAGGGCGGAGGUGGUAGAGUGAGUGUGUGGUGGGUAGUGAAGCAGAGGAGGAGUAUGGUGGGAGCAGAGGAGGAGGGGGAUGAGUCACUGAAACUGUGCCAAGCCAAGAGCGGGUGAUGCGCCUUAGAAAGUGCCGGUAGUCUGUGACGAUGCAAAACAACGUAGUAUCAGAUCACCAGGACAUUAAACAAAUUUUUGUAUUCUAAAGUUUAGCGACAUAGUACCGAAAUAACAUUAAGCGCGGAUUUACUGUACAUGAAAAAUAAUUUACUUUCCCGACAAAACUUUAUUAUUAAUACAGUACUGUACUGUAUAUGCAAAAUAAAACAUUAUCUUUAUAUUUGCUUGCUGCUUGAAAUGAAGACUAUAGAUUAAAGGUUCAGAAAACACAAUAGUGUUUACAGGAUGGCCAUGAUAUUAUUGUGUCAAGUUGUCAACCCGUGAAUCGGAGCAGGUUGACUGACCCCAGCGUCACAUCACAGAGGGGAUGUUUGCAAGACCUUGUAGGACUCAUUGAUGAUGACCUUACUUGACAAUUGACAUGCAAGCAGAUUCACCGUGGCCACACGUAUACGUCCAUAAUUAUUAGUCUGUCUAAAUACGUUGUUACGAAAAAAAUACCAUCUAAAUACGUUGUUACGAAAAAAUACCAUACCUUACUUAGGGCCAAAAAGAUUUAUGUAUCGUACUGUACUGCCACCCUUGUCUAUCACAUAAUUUCAAAGGUCAUCACUAUAUAAUUAUGCAGCAUCUGACUAUAAACAUACAGCAUGUUUUAGCUGGGUCUCUGUAGUCAGUACGCAAUGUCCAGUGAAAAAGUUGGCUCACAAAGAGUAACCUCUCCUUAUUCAUUACCCAUCACGCAUAUUGAUUAAGUAAUAUAUUUUCCACAGCAUCUUACUGUUGGGUGGCAUCCUCUCAUAAGGAUUAACUCAGUUUCGAACUUAUCAACAGUGAUCAUCAGGAAGUCUUGUAGUUAAUAAGACUGCUUACUCUGUCAGGCUACACACAAUUAGGUUUCCUGGUUUGUGAAGUUAAAGUAUUGACUUGUACACUACUAUUGUCUUCUUACACAAAUUAUAUAUAUUUAAAAAUAACUAGUUAGUCCUUUGAUCAUAAAAGGUAACAAGCUUUAAAAAAAAAACACUAAUAAAAAUAAAUUUUCUUGCAUAUCUUGAACAUUUCUUUAUCAAUUACUCCUGCAGGUACUUUUGGAUUAUUAAAAUAUGAUGGUAAUGAAUUAAUAAGUAACUUGCAAAAUUUGAUGUACGUACUGUACAGUAUUAAAGUGUAACAUAUGGUGAUAAUGAGGGGGAGAAUGUAAGCUUUCAUGUUUUAUCAUUAAUCUCAACCUAAAUUUUGUUGAUAGAUUUUCUGAAAAAGUAACCAUAUGAGAAUAAAUGGAUGAACUUGA